AGUGGAACCCUGCGACACACAGUUCACCAGUUUGGAUACUACUGAAAAACAAAACAAAAUGGCUCAGACAAAUCCCAUGCCCAUGGGCCCUUGGAAGAUCACCGUGUACGAUCAGGAGCACUUCCAGGGCAGGCGUAUGGAGUUCACCGCCAGCUGCCAGAACAUCAUGGAGUGUGGGAUGGAGAACAUCCGCUCCCUGAAGAUCGAGUGUGGCGCCUGGGUGGGCUUUGAGCACUCUAGCUUCUGCGGCCAGCAGUUUGUCCUGGAGAAGGGAGACUACCCUCGCUUUGAGGCCUACAGUGGCAGCAACUCCUACCGCAUUGAGAGGAUGAUCUCCUUCAGGCCCAUCUGUUGUGCUAACCACAAAGACUCCCGCAUGACCAUCUUUGAGAAGGAGAACAUGACGGGUCGUCAGUUCGAGCUGAGCGAUGACUACCCCUCUCUGCAGGCCAUGGGCUGGAUGAACAACGAGGUUGAAUCCAUGCACAUUCAGAGUGGAGCCUUUGUGUGCUACCAGUACCCUGGCUACCGUGGCUACCAGUACAUCAUGGAGUGUGACUGUCGCGGAGGAGAGUUCAAGUGUUACCGUGAGUUUGGGUCCCACUCCCAGACUCCCCAGAUUCAGUCCAUCAGGAGGAUCCAGCACUGAGAGGGGAACGCUUCCAUCACACUUUCGUAUCUCCUCCUCUCCUUCCUCCUGCACCUCAUUUCCUCCUUCUCUUCCUCCUCUCCCACCAAACCGCCAUCUCCCGGUCCAGCAAAUCAAAGCAGGAUCCCGAGCUGGACUUCAGGUGCUCACUGGUGUCAGUUGUUCACAGCACUUUUGCAUUUUUUAAAGAAACAUCCCAAAAGAAAGGAAUGAUGUAAGAAAGACAGAAAAAAAGGAAUGACAGAAAUGAGAGAAAAAGCUGAAUCAGUGUGAAAGAGAGGCCUCAUCUGCUGGGGUUGGCUGCAGAACGGUGAAAACACCUCAAUGUAUUUCCUCUUUUUCAUCUCCACCAUUGAUGGCGUCAUCAUCAUCAUCGUCAUUGUCUUCCACAUCAACACGAUCACCAGUCUUGCUGUGAUACUGUGAUUUCCAUGACUGCCUGUGAUGAUGAAUAAAGAGAACGAGCAAAGAAACAGAGAGAUUUACAA